CGUGGCACCAACACGUGAUUUGGGUGAAUGAAUAAUUCGGAGAAUCUUGAAUUUCUAUGACAUCGUCUCUUAUAUUUAGUUUAUCUUCAGUAUAAGUUAGAAACGAGCAGACGAAACAACGUCUUUUCUCUCAAACUGACUGAGGCUUUCAAUUAUGGUAAAGACUAACAAAAUGAUCAAGGAUCCGAAUAAAAUCUCACGAAGUAAACAAAAUAAACAGAAAGAUCCUUCCAUCAGCAAAUUACAGCUGUCUCUUCUCAGUAGUGGAUUGAUGAACGAGGACAGAUCUAAUCAACUUCUUCCCCACAGACCCAUAGAAGUGACCAAAUUUGCUGCUCACGUCGAGAAACUGAAGAAAUACGAAGCACUACUGAAAAUGGAAUUCGAGGUGGCGAUUCGAGAAGAUACUCAUAGCACCAGACACGCUUUGAAAGCGGAUAACGACCAGAAAAAUACUUAUAAAACGUUAUUGCCUUAUGAUUAUAAUCGAGCCGUAUUAGGGACGUUACCGGGGAUAACCGAUUCGGAUUACAUUAAUGCCUCUUAUGUUGAUAGUAUAUUAAAGCCAAAUGCCUACAUCGCCGCUCAAGGACCAAACGAAAAUACCAUCUCCGAUUUUUGGCGAAUGGUUUGGGAACAGAACUCGUACGUUAUCGUUAUGUUAACUAAAGUAUUCGACUUCAUAAGAGUUAUGUGCGUUCAAUACUGGCCUACAGAGAUCAAUCAAUCAGAAUCUUACGGAGAUUUGGAAACCAUUUUAAUUUCCGAAGAACUAUUGUCUAAUUUUUUCAUCAGAACAAUACGAUUAAGGAAGGGAGACGAAGUUCGUGACAUUACCCAACUACAUUAUAACAACUGGCCAUCUCACACUUGCCCAUUUUCCAGUUCUCUAUUGGAGUUUAGAAGAAGAGUUAGGAUUUACAUGAGUUAUCAUCCAAAUACAGGGCCGACUAUAGUACAUUGCAGCGAUGGAUGCGGUCGUACCGGGACUUAUCUUUGUAUAGAUGCCAAUUUGGAAUUAGCAGAGGAAGAUAAUGUCUACGAUGUUUUUGGAUAUACCAAGAGAUUAAGACAGGCUAGAAAGGGGAUGGUUGAAAAUUUGCAUCAUUAUAUGUUCAUCCACGAAACUCUGGAAGAAGCUCAUAUAUGCGGCAAUACUUGGUUCCCGGUUACUCAAAUUUCGCAACAACUUAAACAUAAAUCAAUGAAAAAUCCUAUAACUAAACAAAACGAAUAUCAAAGAGAAUAUGAGAAAAUAUGCAAAUUAGCACCGAAAUUAUCGAUUGGUGACUGUGCGGGAGGAUAUCGUCUCGAAAAUAGAGAAAAAAAUAGAGACAUAACCAUCGUACCUCCUGAUAAUUUCCGACCUUAUUUGACUUCUUUCCAAAGCAACGACAACACCGAUUAUAUUAAUGCAGUGUUUGCAGACGGAUAUACAAGACCUAAAGAAUAUAUCAUUACAGAAUGGCCACUACAAAGGACAAUCGCAGAUUUCUGGUCAUUAGUAUACGAUCACGAUUGCAAUUCCGUUGUACUUCUAUGCAAUCCACCCCCUUGUAGCUCGUUUCCACAAUUUUGGCCUACAGAAAGAGAAAAGAAAAGGAAAUACGGUCCAGUAUUUACGGUCGAAUUAAUAUCUUAUAAUCACUAUCCAAAUAUAAAAACUUGGUUGUUUAGGAUAUCAAAAAAGAUUGUAUCCCUUACAGAAUUAAUGUCGGGUGUUAAACCAGAAUCAAAAACAACACAACUUUUCCAAUUUACAUGUUGGCCGGCGGGUCAUAAAGUUCCUACGUCGACUAAUGCUUUAGUCGAAUUAAUGAACAUGGUAGAUAGAUGGAGGCAAAGAACCGAAUACGGACCCGUUGUAGUUAUGUCCGCAAAUGGAAAAAGUAGAGUUGGGGUGUAUUGCGCCGCUAACGUAGCCACAGAACAAGUGGCACAACAUGGCGAAGUGGACGUGUUUCAAGCUGCUAAAACUGUUCGAAGACACAGACCACAACUUUUAGAAAAUAUGAUGGAAUACAAGUAUUGUUACGACGUUGUCUUACAUUACAUUCUUCAAUAUCUUAAACAGAUAUAAAUCAUCCGACAAAUAAUUUAAGUUGAGGAAGAGAAUUUUCUGAAUAUACACCACUUUUCUCUGUACUAUUGUGUCAUUUUUUAAUAAGGAUUUGAUAACAUAGGACAUCCAAAAGUACGGUGACACUUUCUGUUAAAUAUAGUAUCGUAUUUUUGGAUAAUUCACGUGUUUUCAAUGGUGCAUUUAUGGGAAGAUACUUCAUACUACGGAUGUGAGAAGCGAGGAAGAUGAUGAAGAACAGCUUGUUAAGAAGUAACAAGUGAUGUAACUGUCAAAUGAUAAGUUCUUUCUGUUACUAUAAGAACAAUAAGAAGAUAAAUCAAGCAACUUCCCGCUGUGCAACUAUGGAAGAAGCAAUAAAAGGACACAUCUUGCAUAUGAAAACAAUAAGAAAUUUUUAUAAUAUAUGGUAAAAUGGAAGAAAUUACCACGUGAAACAUCAUUACAGCAUGAAACUAUUCCUGACAAUGUUCUUUAUAAGUCUAUACAAAACAGUAGGGCUGUGUUUUAAGGAGUAUUUUAUAAUCUGUGAUUUUAAAAAUUAUAUAUAAAGUAAAUAUUACCAGAAAAGAAAUCAACAGUAUUAUUAAAAUGCUCAAGAUUAGAAUUUUUUUUUUCUUUCUUUUUUUAUUACGAAGUAACGUGUAUAAUAUUCAAAAGAGAAUAUUCGUCUAUGCGUAGAUUUUACAGAAUAUUUAAUUAUUAUUAUUGUGAUUGAAUUGAAAAACAAAAUGUUCUUUUGUAUUGUUUUUAUAUAAGUUAUAUUUUAUUUAUUAUCAUCAAUUUUUUUGUAGGCAAACACUUUUGUACAACUGUUCAAUAAAAUUCGUAAGUGACUUUAUAUAAUACAAUUACAUAUGCUUAUAGUUUUACCAUUCUGUUUACUAUUAUUCCUUCCAUAGAGAUUUAAUUCCAGAGACCAGAAGUCCCAGAUUAACUGUAUAUUAAUUUUCGGUUUGCUCCGGCACGCUACUACACACAGGCAAUACCUGUUGCAGUAAUGGCGUGUCUAUAGGAAAACACUUAUUUUA